GCGCGGGAGGAAGAUGUGGAGGGCAUGCAGGGCGCUCCGGCCGUGCGCCGUGGUCUUGGCGCGGUCCCCGGGGACCCGGGCCUGCGGCGGGGGCGGGGGCGUCUCCUACACGCAGGGCCAGACCCCAGAGCCCCAGACGCGAGAGUAUUUUUAUUAUGUGGAUCAUCAGGGCCAGCUUUUCCUGGAUGACUCCAAAAUGAAGAACUUCAUCACCUGCUUCAAAGACCCACAGUUCCUGGUCACCUUCUUCUCCCGCCUGAGACCCAACCACAGCGGUCGCUACGAGGCCUCUUUCCCCUUCCUCUCGCCCUGCGGCAGAGAGCGCAAUUUCCUGCGCUGCGAAGACCGGCCGGUGGUCUUCACGCACCUGCUGGCCUCGGGCUCCGGGCCCCCGCGUCUCUCCUAUUGCGGCGGCGGUGAGGCCCUGGCCGUGCCCUUCGAGCCGGCGCGUCUGCUGCCUCUGGCCGCCAACGGCCGCCUCUACCACCCCGCGCCAGAGCGAGCGGGCGGCGUGGGUCUGGUGCGCUCCGCCCUAGCCUUCGAGCUUAGCGCCUGCUUCGAGUACCCGCCCGGCGCGCCCGCGCUGCCCUCACACGUGCGCUGGCAAGGCCGCCGCCUCGCCCUCACCAUGGACCUGGCCCCGCUGCUGCUCGCCGCCUCGCGGCCCUGAGCCGCAGGCAGGAAGGCUGGCGGCCGCCGGUGCCCCUGGCCCCGCCGAGGUCCCGCCCCCUCUCCCCUCACCGCUGUGGCCCGGGCCGCGCAUCGCUGCGCACGCGCCACCGAAAGAGCGCGCCGGCCGAGUGCGCGUGCGCGGCGGAGGUGCACCGCGGCCCCGUGGUGCUCGGCGCUGUCCGAGGUGCUGCCGCGGCUUCGAACGCGAGGAGGGGCGUGGUCGCGGGCCCUUCUACUCCCCCCCCCCCCAUCCCCCAACACCUCGGGCCUGGGGAGUCCUUUGGUUCGGCCCUCGCCUACAGGGGCAGGCCCCGGCGGCGCGGCUGGAGGCGCAGGGGCUCCAGUACGCGUGCGCGAGCGGCGUCCGCCCCUCCCCCGCCCUGCACUGCUCGGUGGGCCUGGGCGCCUCGGGCUCAGCGGGGGAGCCGCGCCGCGGGAGCGUCAGGUGAGGGGGCGCCCGACCCGAGGUCAGUGGGCAUGGGGGUGGGAUCGGGGGCCUUCCCGGCUAUGUCCCCAGCGCGCAUCGAGAAGGGGAGGCGACCUGGCGGGGACCACGCCCUGCCCUGAACUGGCCCGGGACAGACCCAGCUGGAGGGGAUGCAGGUGACACCAUGGGGGAUCGAGGCACGCGACUUGGGCUUCGCACUGCUCCCGAGGGGGUCGCAGGGCUUCCUCGCCGCUCCAGUCUCUGCACAGAUGGGUGCCCUGGAGACGGUAACAGCCAUCGCAGAAUCCUGUGUGUGACGCCCCGCCCCCUGUCCAACCGGAUUAGAGGGCUGUCCGCUGGGUAAAAGGAUUUCUGGGCUGGCCUCCUCUGCUCUUCCCGCCUGGGCCCUCAUCCCUGCUCAGGCCGGCCCUUUUAUUCCAAUCAGCGUCUAGGGGGUGUCCCUGUGAACAGUGCCUUGAAUCCUGAGGAGGAAGCCAAGAAGCCCCUCUACUUAAGAGGACUGGCUGCUGGAGCCUGAUUGGGCAAGACCUGAACCAGCCCUUAUGCUCAGGGAAGUGGAUCCCAGGAGCCCAGAGUAUGCCUUUAGAUUCUUGGGCUUCACGCACAUCCUGAGACACCUGGGAACUGACUCUGCCUGGGCCAAAGCUAUUCCAUUAAAACUUUUGCUGUGCCUA